UAUUCUAAAUGAAGUGAAAUAUUUUCUUCUAUUAGUUCAUUUGAAAAUCCUCCAACUAAUAGUUGACAUUUUGACCCAUUUUCUUGGUGAUUCUCAUAUAUAAUUGUUCAUAUCCUCAUCUGCAGAACAUCACAAGAUCAGAAAACAAUAGGGUGGUUGGAGCUGGAGGAGAAGAAGUUGAAUUUCUGUAUGGUGUCAAUUUUUUCGCCCUUUCAGCUCAACAGCGAGAACAAUAGUAAUAAGAAAAUGAGAGGAAAAUCAGUUUCAGGGAAGGUUAUCUUUGCCCUGUGUGUUGCGAGCUUUCUUGCAGGAUCACUUUUUACAACACAGAUGAGGCCACGCCCUUCUGACUAUGCACAUCACCUGAUCCCAGAACAGCGGGGGAAACUUGAUGCUGCUAAACAUGAAUGUGAUCACAAGCGUAAAUUGGUAGAAACAUAUCCAAGAGACGUCAUGGGGGAAGUCAUCAAGACACAUGAAGCUAUCCAAUCACUAGAUAGAAGUAUAUCGACAUUGGAGAUGGAACUGGCAGCAGUGCGUACAAACAAGAUGACUGGACAAGGGGCACGAGAAAGGACGUCCAAUCACACUACUACUCUUCGCAGAGCUUUUGUAGUAAUAGGAAUUAACACUGCUUUCAGCAGCAAGAAAAGAAGAGAGUCUCUUCGAGAGACAUGGAUGCUCAAAGGAGAGCAACUGAAGAAAUUGGAGAAGGAGAAAGGAGUGGUGAUGCGAUUUGUGAUAGGGCGCAGCGCGACACGUGGUGGAGUUCUUGAUAGAUCAAUUGAUGCCGAGGACGCCGAGCAUGGGGACUUCCUUAGGCUGAACCAUGUUGAGGGCUACCACCAGCUUUCUACUAAAACUCGAUUGUUUUUCUCCACAGCUGUCACAAUCUGGAACGCAGAAUUCUAUGUUAAGGUUGAUGAUGAUGUUCAUGUGAAUUUGGGUAUGCUGGUGAGCACGCUGGCAAAGCACAGAUCUAAGUCAAGGAUUUAUAUUGGAUGCAUGAAGUCUGGACCCGUCCUUUCUCAGAAAGGAGUUAAGUAUCACGAGCCAGAGUACUGGAAAUUUGGGGAAGAAGGGAACAAAUAUUUCAGGCAUGCGACAGGUCAAAUAUAUGCAAUCUCCAAGGACCUGGCUACUUAUAUUUCCAUCAAUUCAGGCAUGUUACACACAUAUGCGAAUGAGGACGUUUCUUUAGGUUCAUGGCUGAUUGGAUUGGAAGUCCAACAUGUGGACGAGCACUCUAUGUGCUGUGGAACGCCUCCAGUAGAUUGCGAGUUUAAAUCGGAGGCAGGGAACCUUUGCGUGGCAUCUUUUGAUUGGCAAUGCAGUGGGAUAUGCAAAUCAGUAGAGAGAAUGAAGAAAGUGCACAGCGCAUGCGGAGAGGGUGAUGGAGCUAUUUGGAAUGUUGAUUUCUAAAGAGGGAAGGAAUGGCAGAUAUAUGAAGCAUUAAUUACUAACUAGUAGUGAUAGUACUAUAUACAGAGGGGAGGGGAGGGAGGA